AUGGAAGCUGUACCACAGGAUUAUAUCAGGUUGACUGGGCAUGAUAGACAAAAAUCAAACAUCCUGUGUGGAGAAUCGGUGAGUUAUAGGAAGAACGGAGUAGCAAGAUGGUUCUGUGAAGGAAAAGAGCUCCAGAAUUCCCCUGACAUUCAGAUCCGUUCUGGAAGCGGAGGACUUCAUUCACUAAUCAUAGCAGAAGCCUUUGAAGACGAUACUGGACGCUAUACUUGCGUGGCUUCAAAUUCCAUUGGUGCAGAUAGUACAUCAGCUGAAAUAUUCAUUGAAGGUGCCAGUUCCACUGAUUCAGAAAGUGAAAGUUUAAUCUUCAAAUCAAAAUCUGGAGCUAUGCCACAGGCCCAAAAGAAAACCACUUCUGUUUCCUUGACAAUAGGAUCUUCUGCACCAAAGUCUGGAGUCACCACAGCUGUAAUUCAACCUAUCUCUGUGCCCAGUCAACAGGUUCAAAGCCCUACUUCAUGCCUGCACCGUCUGGAUGGACCCAAGCCUAUCUAUUCUGCACCCAUUUUUACAAAGGAGCUACAAAACUCUACAGCAUCUGAAGGACAAGUCGUGGUAUUGGAAUGCAGGGUCAGAGGACUCCCUCCCAUUCAUGUUAAGUGGUUUCGACAAGGCAUUGAAAUUCAAGAUUCUCCAGACUUCAGAAUUCUCCAAAAAAAAGAGAUAUGUACCCUUGUAAUUGCAGAAACUUUUCCUGAAGAUUCAGGACUUUUCACAUGCACAGCAACAAACGAACAUGGUUCAGUAACAAGCAGUGCACAACUAACUGUCUGCUCAGCCAACUCAGAAAACUCUACUCAUGAAUCACUGGCAAGAGAAUCCAACAGUGAUAAUUUCCAUCAUUUCCCACCACUUCCUCCAGUUGAAAUUAGCUCUAUUGAGCUUCCUCCUAAGAAACAUACAGAGACUCAUCAAGCAAACAACACCGAGUUGAGAUCUGGUGGGACAGCCCAUCAACUGCAGCUGAAUUCGUCUGAGGAAAAAACAAAUGGUGUCCAUCCCAUUCAUGGAGUAAAUGGAAUGAUUAACAGCAAGCCAAAUGGUGAUAAAUCCAUCCCACCUCCAGCUGUCUUGCUUUCACCCACAAAGGAGCCACCACCUGUGCUUGCCAAACCAAAGCU